AAACUAAACGAACUCUGUCCUUAAAUUUCUUGCCUGAUUCUCAAAUUCUCACUCUGCUGUGACUAAAUCUAGGUGAAAAUUUUCGGAAGAUGCCAUCAAUGACGCAAGGAGAACUCAAGAGCUCUGUGCUAAACAGUAACCAAAACCCUAAUUCUCCAGUUGCUUCAAGCUUAAGCAAGAGGCAAAAGAUAGCAGAACAUAAAAAGACUCUUCCUAUAGCUUCAGUGGAGAAACGACUUAUUGAGGAGGUUCAAAAGAAUGAUAUUUUGAUUAUUGUUGGUGAAACUGGUAGUGGGAAGACUACUCAGUUGCCUCAGUUUCUGUUCAAUGCUGGAUUCUGUAGAGAAGGAAAGAUGGUAGGGAUAUCACAGCCGAGGCGUAUCGCUGCUGUGACUGUUGCUAAAAGAGUAGCUGAGGAAUGUGAUGUUCAGUUAGGACAAAGAGUUGGUUACUCCAUUAGGUUUGAUGAUACUACUUCUAGCUCCACGAGGUUAAAAUACAUGACUGAUGGUUUCUUGUUAAGAGAAGCCUUGGUGGAUCCGCUUCUUUCUAGAUAUUCAGUCAUUAUUGUCGAUGAAGCUCAUGAGAGGACUGUGCAUACUGAUGUUCUACUGGCCUUGCUUAAAAAGGUGCAGCGUGAUCGGUCAAAGGCUGUUGAUGAGAUUGGUGGUGUGUUAAAAGGCAGAAAAGCAUCUCCUUUAAAGCUGAUAAUCAUGUCUGCAAGUUUGGAUGCACGUGUUUUCUCAGAGUAUUACGGUGGUGCCAGAGCUGUUCAUGUGCAAGGGAGACAGUUUCCUGUGGACAUUUUUUACACUGUUCAUCCUGAGAGUGAUUAUGUAGAUGCGGCUUUGGUCACUAUAUUUCAGAUUCAUUUGGGGGAGAAGGAAGGUGAUAUACUUGUUUUUCUCACUGGACAAGAUGAGAUUGAAUCCGUUGAAAGACUUGUCCAAGAAAGGCUUCAGCAUUUACCUGAGGACAAGAGGAAGCUACUGCCAUUGGCUAUCUUUUCUGCUCUUCCAUCAGAGAAGCAGAUGAGAGUUUUUGCUCCUGCGCCAAUUGGUUUUCGUAAGGUGGUUUUGGCCACAAAUAUAGCAGAGACAUCGAUUACAAUUCCUGGAAUAAGAUAUGUGGUAGACCCUGGGUUUGUUAAGGCACGAAGCUAUAAUCCCAGCAAAGGAAUGGAGUCGCUUGAUGUUGUUCCAACAUCAAAAGCACAGGCGCUUCAAAGAAGUGGACGUGCAGGACGUGAGGGUCCUGGUAAAUGUUUCCGUCUUUAUCCUGAGAGGGAAUUUGAGAAGCUGGAUGAUUCAACCAAACCAGAGAUCAAGAGAUGCAAUCUCUCUAAUGUCAUUUUGCAGCUGAAGGCUCUGGGAAUUGAUGAUAUUGUUGGCUUUGAUUUUAUAGAUAAACCAUCAAGGAGCUCCAUUGUAAAAGCGUUGGAGGAGUUGCGUUUGCUUGGUGCCUUGACUGAUGAUUGUAAACUAGAGAAACCCACUGGUGACCAAAUGGCACGGCUCCCACUGGAUCCAGUUUACUCCAAAGCUCUAAUUUUAGCCAAUCAGUUCAACUGUCUGGAGGAAAUGUUAAUCACUGUUGCAAUGCUCUCUGUUGAAUCCAUAUUUUAUGAUCCUCGUGAGAAGAGAGAAGAGGCAAGAAUUUCAAGAAACCACUUUGCUAGCAUUGAAGGGGAUCAUCUAACGUAUCUUAGUGUUUACCGCGAGUCGAAUGAGUUCUUGGAGAAGAGAAAGGCAGAAAACAGUGAAGCCAAGGUUGAUAAAAUUAUGGGGAAAUGGUGCAAGGACAACUUCGUGAAUAGUCGUUCCUUGAAACAUGCUCGUGACAUUUAUAGACAAAUUCGUGGAAACGUUGAACAGAUGGGGUUUAAUGUUUCCUCAUGCGGAGAUGACUUGCUUGAGUACCGUAGAUGUCUUGCUGCUUCUUUUUUCCUUAAAGCAGCGCAGAGACAAAUGGAUGGAACAUACAGGGCUUUGGAAAGUGGUGAGAUUGUGCACAUUCACCCAACUUCUGUUUUGUUCCGUUCCAAACCUGAGUCUGUUAUAUUCAACGAGCUUAUGCAAACCAGCAAGAAGUACAUCAAGAACCUGACAAGAAUUGAUCCUUUAUGGUUGGCCGAGUUGGCUCCUCAUCAUUACAAAACAGAAGAAUGAUUUAACCCAUCUUUUUUUUUUAACUGAAUAAUUCAUUGAUUUGUUCUUUUGUUUGAAUCUAUAUAUUGUGGUUCUGGAGCUACUUAAAAUAUUGUCAAAGGAUUUGAGUGGUAGUGGUACAAGACCAUAAACUA